AUGGGCCUUUUCGGCCACAUUCGCAUCCCCGAGAGCGGCCUUGACCGCACUCCCGACACACCCACUACAUCCAACACAUCCACCGUGCACACCCCCACUCUCGUUCCAUCCGUCCGCGCCACCACCGCCGCCGCCGCCGCCGCCAGCAUCAUCAUCACUAUCAUCACUCCUCGCGAACUUACGAAGGGCUGGUCAACUGACGCAAGCACAUCAGCCUGGUGGACAUAA